AUGCACAAUGUGGGGUUGGCAGGGUUGACCUUCUGGAGCCCCAACAUCAACAUCUUCCGGGACCCGCGGUGGGGCCGGGGCCAGGAGACGCCCGGCGAGGACCCGCUGCUGGCCAGCAAGUACGCCGUCGGAUACAUCACGGGCUCCAGGACGCCGGCGCCGGCGGCGUCACCGACGGCGCGCUCAAGGUCGCCGCAUGCUGCAAGCACUACACUGCCUACGACGUCGACAACUGGAAGGGCAUCGAGCGAUACACCUUCAACGCAAAGUUUGUUUCCAGCGACAGCAGAGAGAUGUACUCCAGCAGAGGAUCAAAUGAUCAGAGAGAGGAGAUGA